UGCCCCAUCAUUGGUGUCAGUGGGAAGAAUCGUGCCCCAUCAUUAGUGUCAGUGGGAGGAAUAGUGCCCCAUCAUUGGUGUCAGUGGGAAGAAUCGUGCCCCAUCAUUGGUGUCAGUGGGAGGAAUAGUGCCCCAUCAUUAGUGUCAGUGGGAGGAAUAGUGCCCCAUCAUUGGUGUCAGUGGGAAGAAACGUGCCCCAUAAUUGGUGUCAGUGGGAGGAAUAGUGCCCCAUCAUUAGUAUCAGUGGGGGGAGGAAUAGUGCCCCAUCAUUGGUGUCAGUGGGAGGAAUAGUGUCCCAUCAUUGGUAUCAGUGGGAGGAAGUGUCCCAUCAUUGGUGUCAGUGGGAAGAAAAGUGCCCCAUCUUUGGUGUCAGUGGGGGGGAAUAGUGCCCCAUCAUUGGUGUCAGUGGGGGGGAUAG